AUGUCCGCCGCACCCGUCGAGAUCCUCUUUGGUGGAGCCUACUUGGGAAAAUUUCCCCCACUAAACACCCCCGAGUACUUGGAAGAGAUGUAUUCGGCGCUCAGCAAGCAUGGUGUUGCGGCUAUCGACAGCUCGCAACUUUACGGCGAACGCGAAGCCAUGCUAGGCACCACCAAGGCCGGUGAACGCUUCGCUAUUGACACGAAGUGGAUGGAGAGUAUCAAGAAACUGGGCGUUAGCCACGUUGACGUUUUCUACAUCCACUGGCCAGAUACCCAAACCCUAAUUUCCGAAACACUUGCUGGAGUGCAGGAGAUGAUGCCCAGAAGAUCCACGAUCACUGAAAGGAGCAAGGCCAUAUCUUUCCGACAGUUUACCAGGGCAACUACUCUGCCAUUGCACGCCGGUGAAACUCUUUUGCCGUCACUCCGGAAUUUGAGCAUCGUGUUCCGCACCUACAGCCCUCUAGCAGGUGGUUUUCUCACCAAAACACGACAGCAGAUCGCUGACGGCGCUGGCCGCUUCAAUGACGACGUUUAUAUCGGGGUUUACAACCACAUGUUUGUGAAGUCCGCUUGUCUUGAUGCGCUGGAUAAAUGGCGCACCGUCGCUGAAAGCGAGGGCUGUUCGAUCGCAGAUCUCGCUUAUCGCUGGGUUUCGUGCCAUUCAUUGUUGGAUAAGGAACUAGGAGACAGGCCUCUAGUUGGCGCAGACAGUUUACGGCGACUUGAAGAGACUUAA